AUGUCUAGACCUUUCGUAUCUGGCGUCGCCUUUGGUGCUGCUCUAACGGCAGCGGCGAUUCACCUACCAGAUGUCAUCGUCGAGCAAAUGACCUUUCAGAACUGGCACAUGGUCGUCACAUUCCUAACAGCUUCUGGUACUAGCACUCUCCUUGUCAACACACUACAGCGGCUGGGUUAUCUCCGCUUGAAUCCGCGAGACUAUUCGACACUCGGCAUAUUUGGCGCUCUCGAUGGAAAUAUAAUAGGAGGGUUGAUUCUGGGUGCUGGCUUGGCCGUCUCUGGGUCCUGUCCAGGGACCGUUUUUGCACAAGUAGGGGCCGGUAUCCGCUCUGGCCUCUAUACACUCGGCGGAGGGAUACUUGGUGGCAUAAUCUGGUCGGGUUUCCUGCGGCCGGCUCUUCGCAACCGGGCGAAGCCAAGUACAGAGCCAUCGGGUGGUAAAAGCCAUCACCAUUUAACUUUAGACAAGUGGACGGGCACAAGCUACCUGGGAGUACUUGUUGCGGUCGAGACCUUGUUUGCGAGUGCCGUUGCAACGAUAGUCUAUCUUGCUUCCCCUGAAUCUAGCGGAUUGGUUGGUCCAGUCACAGGUGGUAUCUUGAUUGCAGGUUCUCAAACGGUUUCCAUCGUCACACGAAAGUCUCUUCUAGGAACUUCAAGUUCCUUUGAGGAAGUCGGCGACUAUUUUUGGUGGGCAGUAGGGCAGAGAGAUAGGCCGAAGUCACACAGCGCCAUCGCACUCACUACAGGUAUGAUCAUAGGGGCACUAGCUGUUUCUCUUGCAUCACCAACGGCGCAUGUGACACCAGACAUCACCAUCGAGCCCAUUAGAGCAAUUCUUGGUGGCGUGCUCCUCGCAGUCGGUUCGAGGAUGGCAGGCGGCUGCACGUCUGGUCAUGGGAUUUCCGGCAUAUCGCUUCUCUCGAUCCCAAGCUUUGUUACUGUGGCUGCUAUGUUUGCCGGGGGAGCUGGCAUCGCCGCUAUCAUGGGGUAA